CUGACACGACAGCGUAUUGAUGAUCUAUUCUAUUCUAUUGAUAUUCAUGUGUCUUAGAAGAGCAUUUCCGGGUAAAGAAACUUACCAUUUUAUUUUGCACAUCUAAUAAAUUGAUCCCCAAGGAAAGAGGCAGAGUUUUGGGUGUUUAGGGUUUUAUUAUUGUCUUUUUGAUUCUCUUCUGUGGAAAAGCGAAUUAGGGUUUCUAAAACAAUGUCUCAGAUCUUGUGCCGAAUCUCGAAGUUUUCAACAUCUCGGAACCGGAUCCUCUGUUUCCGACGAUCGGAAUUCUCGACGGCGGCGACGACACCGUAUCUCCUCCUCGGAAGCGAUCUUGUGGGAAAAUCUCCUUGUGGUGGAAAAGUCGUCAACUUCAACCUCUACGAUCCGAGGAAGCAAGAGCAAGUGAAGAUCGAAAACAAGAUUCUACCAAAGGAGGUCUACAAAUCUCACAGGAUAGGAUCAUCAAGAGGAUGGUUAGCUUUGGUGAACAAGAAAGAUUCAACGGUGCGUCUCGCUAACAUCUUAAACCCCUCCAAGAAGAUCAUAUCUCUGCCUCCAAUAACCAGAGACAAAUAUGAAUAUGUUGUUAAUGUCUCUGUCUCAUCAGACUGUGUGGUCGCCGUCAAGUUUUACGGGUCAAGAGUCAGUAUUUGUGGUCCUGGUGACUCGGCGUGGACUCGCAUCGACGUGCCUUGUCCAUCUUUUCUCUCUUCUACUGUCAUGUACUCGGAGAGAGACCGGAGACUUUACUUGAACAAUUGUAACCCUGACUACACCGGUCCAACCGAAUUCACACCUAAAUCAUCCGGUUUAAACACUCCGGUUUGUGGCUACAAGAGGUUCAUCUUCUCUAACUUUCUUGAAGAAAUGCCAGAGUUGGAGAACGAAAUGCGUCUUUCUCGUUUCAAGAUUCAACAGCAACUCGUCGAGUCAUCUUCCGGCCAAUCCUUCAUCGUUCUUUGGUUCGUGGAGAGAUUUACGGACAAAGGAGAAGUUGCGCCAUGGGGAGACACACGUUACAACAACAGCAAAGACCUUCGCAGGAAGACCCAAAAGAUCAUGGUGUUUAGGCAAGACGAAGAGCAAGGGACUGGUCCUUACACCGAUGACAUUGGUGAUCUUUGCAUUUUCUUGGGCGAGAAUGAAUCCUUCUGUCUCUCUGCUAAGGACUUCCCUGGUCUUAGCCCUAACUCGGUUUACUUUGCCGGCCUUGGUUCUGGUUUUGGCAUAUGUGAUCUCGCCUCUGGCACUAUCCGCUAUCUCUCCGACUCCGACUCUUCUCCACCACCCGGUAGCAUGUUUUGGCUUCCUCCCACAAUAUCCCAAUAGGAGAGAAGAUUUGUCUUUCAGUUAUCAAUUAAUUUAAGUUGUUGUUUUGUAUUCAUUGGUAGUCUCUAUCUUCAUUGUGCCGUCGAUUUUGUGUUUUGGACUUCUUAAUUUCAA